CUACCUCUUCAGCCUUAUUCUCAAUUUGGUUUGUUUUCUGCUGGACUGCCAUUUUACAAAGUGUCAACUAUUUUCACAUAAACACGAGUUGAAAUUUUUUUGAUUAGUUCUUUUCUCUCUCAAUCUCUCUCUAACCCCAAGGAACAUCAUUAGCCAGGAUGAAUCAAUGGGUAGUUGAUUUUGAUAUUGACCACAUUGCUGCACAAUUAGAACUUGAUCCUGCUGCUCCUCUCUAUAAUUCUGCUUUUAUGGUUGAAACAGCUCUAAAUGAUGGUCGAAAUGUUGAGACGUUAAUUUUCAACAACAUUCUUGAUAAAAUUAGGAAAUAUUCAUUCACAUCUCAACACCUAAGCUAUGAAUCAUUGUUUGAUGGAAUUGAGAUACGUAAUUCGGUUCCAGUUGGUGAUUAUGAUAACUUUUUGGUACCUUUUUCACCUUUACGAGUCAUCAAGAUUUGUAUUGGUAAAUUGAAAAGACCAGAUAUCCUUGACAUAUUGACUACAGAAGAUAUUAAAAAUCUAUACAAAAUUAUAUUCAUAAUCCCUCCUGAUAAAGUUGAUGCAGGUUGGCUUACAAAAUCAUGUCCAAAUACCAUUGUUAAUAAUUUAAAGCAGAUUUAUCCUUCAUCUAACUCUGUUGAAAUUGACAAUUCAAAAUUUUAUGAGAGUAUCAAACUUUUUGAAGAAUCAAUCACAGGAUUAAUAUCAGAGUUUGGUGAGGUUGAUAUUAUCAAUAGCAUUGUAUCAAGCUUGAAAAUAAUGCACAGAAAAAAUGAUUAUAUAUCACAUAUUAAAGCUAUUACAAAUUUUUUCAAUCUUCUAUAUUGUUUGGAUCAGAAAUGUUUUAUUGUUCAACCUUUCAAGCUGAAACAUUCCUCUUCUUGUUAUCUAAACAAUACAGUCUAUAAUGAAGAGAUGAAACCAAAACUAUCAAUCAUGGAGAAACCUGGUUUUAGAAAAGCUUUAGAAAAAGGAUAUGGUGACAAAUAUUUUGGGAAAUGUAUAAGUGAACUACUUGGUCAUCUUAUAAGCACACGUCUUGAUCAAGCUAUAGUUGUGGAUGAAAUUGGAGGGAUUGUGUACUAUGUUAAAAUCCCUGAACAUUGUGAAAUUAAAAGAAAGGAUGAAAUAACUUGUGAUGAUUUUGAAUGUUAUUUAAUUGACCUGGAGUAUAAAGUUGUUUAUGACUUUGAGAAAAGACAUGAUGAAUUUUUUGUGUUUGGUUUUCUAUUGUGCUCAAUAUUUCAUGAUAUAAUGAAUGAGCCAGAGGAUCAGCCACCUGCGAAACAAGAGACAAAUCUCGUUAAGGC